CCCGGUAAUAUCGGUCUUGCUUGACAUCCGUGUACUAGAGCUUUCGUACUUUUCAUUAAUUAUCGUAAUUACACGAUUUUUGAUAAUUCAACAUGGCGAUUACCGCUGAAUCUUCCAGACCCAGUGCCAGUGACAUGGAGAUGUUGGCGUUGUUUGAUGACAAUGUGGAUAUUUUUGCUAACAUUCAGCUGCAUCCUUUGCCAGCGAUGCCUCCAGCAGAAGAGAUACUCUCUAUGGACAAUACCAUCACUGACAUCAGCAAUGACGCUAUCUUUGAAAGCAUCUUCCAGAAUUGUGUCAACAGGAUGGCCAUUGUGCAGGUGUCAUCACCCCCAAACUCAUCUCCACCACCGGCUCCUGCUCAAGUUGCCACAGCACCUGAACCGAUGCAGAUCGACGCUGGAACUUUUCUAGCUCCAGCACGGCCAGUGGAGAAUCCGGAGGUGGAAACGGAGACCUUCUGGAAAAAACCUGAGAAAUUCGAGUGCAGCUACUGCAGAAAAUUCUUGAGCAAAGCUGCAUGGCAUCAUCAUCAGGUGUGCCACAUCAGGGCUAGUUUGAAAUGCAAAAUGUGUAACCACACCACCAGAACUUUGAGCGCUUUUAGAAGACACAAUGAGUACUAUCACGGCGCCACGAGAAAACGUUUUGUCUUCUUCGAUAGUUACUAGAUGGAGCUUGCUUUCUGGACAAUUCACUGUGAUGGAUUGAAUUGUUAAAUAUUUAUGUGAUUUUUAUAUGCAUUCUCUGUAAAUAUCGAUCUUCAAUUCGAGUACUAUAGAAGAUACCGUACUUGAAGAGUUAUGCCAUUUCUUACUUUUAUUUUUUUUAAGUAAAAACUUAACGGAAGAACUGACUAUUUUAAAAUAAUUUUUAAACUACUAUAAAACGCCAAAUUUUGUAGCUUAUGUACCAAAUAUUGACAAAGUCUAUUUACUAAUACAUAGUGAAUAUUGCAAAUUGUAUCAAAAUUAUCUGAUAUUCUAUUUUUUACUAUUUAAAUUUGUACGCAGACUGCAAAACUAUUUUAAUUGUUUUUACAUUUUUUAUGCAUUCGUACAAAUUUAAUGAAUAAAGCAUUAU